AUGGCUCGCAAACCCAAAACCACGCCCCUCGGUCCAACUGCAACCCCCAUUCUCAACAGUAGCCCAGAGCUUGUUAGCCCUUCAAAACUACCCCAGUUCAACAAGUCUACCGGUCGCCCGAUACGUAAGAGUGCAGGCAAAGCCAUGAAAGCCGCAGGCUACGUAGAUUCAAAAGUCAUUGAAGAGGAUGAUUCCAUACCCUUGAGCUCCGAAGAGGACGAAGAGGACGACGGAGACGAUGACAUUAUGGGACCACCAAGUCGAUCCGCCAAAGCCAAAGCAAGAGCAAAAUCCAAACGCAAGCGCAGUCCUUCACCGGCCUCGCCCUAUCUUGAGCCCAUCAUCUACAACCAGGAGGUGGGGGACCUUACCGACGAUGAGACUGGUGGUGCAUUCCAUCGCCACACCCCCAAAAUUGCGCCAACGACCUUGCAGUUCAAUGUGCCACUUGGCUACCAUGGCCCACUUACUGUAAAGCUUGUCGGCUCCAUGCUCCAUGCUGGGGAGCAAGCUGAGCCUUAUGAGAUGCGGCAAGGGCGAACAAAGAGGGCACGUACCGACACGGUGCCUUCGGCACGAAGCUCCAGCAGAGAAGCUCGGAAAGGCUUUGAGGAUCUGCCGCCAGAAAUACGAAAUACCAUUUACCAUUAUGUUUUCGUCCGUAAAGGAUUGGAUCUCACGGUGCCCAUCACAAAGGUUGGCGGGAAUCUCUGCCAGUCAGCGCAAUUCCUACGAACCUGUCGGCUCGUCCAUCAAGAAGGAUGCUCAGUUUUGUACGGCGAGAACACAUUCUACUUUGCCCGCAACCAUUCUGUCCGCAGCCCGUUCUGGGAGCCGGUGCUCAAAGAAGUGGGCUAUCAAGACAUGCUGCAAUUUCUUCGUAUGAUCGGACCAGAGAACCUUCAGUACCUGCGAGAUAUCAAGAUCGCAUUUGACGAUGCCGCCCCACGACACACAACGUACUUGUGGUCGAACGAGGCGCGACGCUAUCUAAACGACGAGUUCCUCUUACAUUGUCUGCGUAUUCUUCGCGAGGCCAAAUUGCGUAAGAUCAAGCUGCAGUUCUGUGGCAGACGCCAUGUCUACAAAUCUGACGUCAAAUUUCUCGGCUACCUCGAGCAGAUCAAGGUCGACGAGGUCACUAGCUUUUCUGAUUGGUAUACACCUUACGAAAAAAUAUCCGCUGUUGUCUUCCAUGACCUCAAGACGUCCAUGGUCCGGAAGAAGAAGCUGUAUGAGAAGGAAUCACCUUGA